GCACCAGUCUUUAAAAUAAAUUGCUGUAUUUUAAGCAGAUAGAACAAUAUGUCUAUAUGCUGCCAUUGCAGAUUCAUGGCGCAUUAAGUCCCUGAACUAUUUAUAAUUGGUCCGUUUUACCCUGGAAACCCUGGUUUACAGACGUCGUGCAACCGCUUUUGUUUCAACCUACCCAUAAAAAUUUAAGUAGUCGUAUUUAUUAUUCGAAAUGUCUGUCAUUUUUAGCUUUGAAUCAUUAACUGUCACAUAUUUCCUGCCUGUUCUAUUUGCACUUUAUCUCCUACCUUUAGGAUCAAUUAUAAAACAUAAUAUCUCUUCAUUUUUAUGCUGACGACCUGCAGCUGUAUCUGCCCUAGACCCAACGAACAAACUGCUCUCACUAAAUUGAUGGAGUGCAUAUCCAAUGUGAAGCAGUGGCUAGCAUGAAACUUCUUACAUCUUAACGAGAGCAAAACGGAAUAUUACUUUUGGCACACCUUCCAUGAUGAAUGCCCUUGAGCCAAACACUGGCGGCCUGGCUCCCUUUUUUAAGACAUGUUAAAAACCUCGGAGUGAUAUUUGAUAACAGGCUCAACUUUGAAAAACAGAUUAGUUCUGUUGUAAGAGCAAGUUUUUUCCAGCUCCGUCUCUUGGCCAAAGGGAAGCCUUUUCUUAGUCGCCACGACCUUGAAAAAGCAAUUCACGCUUUUAUUAGCUCAAGGCUGGACUACUGCAAUGCACUUUAUGUUGGUCUUCCCAAGUCCUCGAUUUCUCGUCUUCAUCUUGUUCAAAAUGCUGCUGCUCAUUUUUUAACUUGUACGCAUAGACUUGAGCAUAUUACCCCCUUGCUUUCAUUGCUCCACUGACUUCCAGUCCCUUUUAGAAAUGAUUUCAAACUUUUACUGUUUGUUUUUAAUUCUAUUAAUGGCCAGGCUCUUUCCUAUUUAUCGGAAAUUUUAACCCUCCCCAACUCUGGCAGGGCUCUUCGUUCUACCUAUCUUCUUUUGCAAAUUCCGAGGUCAAGACUUAAGCGGUGGGGGGACUAAUCUUUUGCAGUUGCUCCCCCCAGGUUAUGGAAUGGCCUACCCCCUGAAAUCCGUACCAUUACCAAUUUAGGCCUUUUUAAAUCUCGUUUUUAAAAACACACUUUUUUACUUUUUUUCUCCUGACUAGGGUAGCCUGGUUUUAUUUCUUCAGGGUUUUAAUGUUUUCGGAUUCUGCUUUAUUUUUUAAUUUGCUGUUUUGACUUUUAUCCUGAUGCAUUGUUUUGUUUUUCUUCAUGUCAUAGUAUAGUACCUUCCUUCCUUUUAUCUUUCAUGAACCAUAUUUGUCUUUGUUGUAAAGCACUUUGAGGGCCUGUCAGGUUUUUGUAAAGGACUAUAGAAAUAACUUUGAUCAUAUUUCGUUUGAAAAGACUUUUAAAAAAUUAUUCACUCGCAUAUUUUAAACUUUUAAACAAAUUACGUCACAAUGAAAAAAUUAGCGUCUUUAAAACAAAGUCACGGAUAUCUACCUCAUAACUAUCGCUUAAUCGCUUAUUAGAUAGUCGCAUUUUCUCCAAUAUGUUAGAUAAUCGAUCGAAAAAGAAAAAAAAAAGUUUAAAAGGGGGAAAUAUAUGAAAAUCUCGACCACUCCUUGAUGUCUGCGAUUUCUGCAUUGCGAUCCUUGUUAUAUUACCAUGUUUCACCCAUAAAAUCCCCCCAAAAUCCGGCUGUGGCAAUUCAAAGGUGUGUCUUGACACUCGGUGAUACAUGCUACAUGGAGUUUUUGGAUCGAAAAGAGGCAAGUACGUGACAUCUCGUUAAAAUCAUGGCUCUCACCUCCAGUUAGGGUUUUGCUGUUUACAAUGUUAAUUUUUCUACCCCCAGAAAAUUGAGAUUUUAAGCUUUCCAAUAAUGCAUCACACAUGCAUAUAGGACAAUUUUGAAAUUUGGCCAAAUUGGGGUCUCAGAGCGGAACUUCAAGUCACCCGAGUGUUUUCCGAAGAUACCAUCCUAAACAUAAGAUCCCCAGGAGUUUUCUGUCCCAACCCAUCAGUAAAGAAUGUUCCAGCGUAUCAAUACGCACCAGUGACACCUUGAGGCCAUAAACUGCAACACAGUUAAUGGAAAUAAAAAACUCACAUUUCUUAAAAAAAGUUUUAUUCUAUAGAAUCAAUAUUUUUAUGAGGUGAUUUUUGUGAAUCUAUAAGCUGACUGUACAGCAUAAAACUUUCCUUGUCAACCAUUCUUCUGGCAAAGAACACAAAAGUUGCUCUGGAAACGGCUUACAAGCUCUAUAAAUGAAAUCACUGUCAAAUUAAAAAAGUACGCACUUGCUGAGAAUACGACUUCCCGAGCAUUUAAUGUCUUUAAAACAGGAAAAAAAAAAAAAGUCUUACAAUUAAAAAAAAAAACCGUGUGAAGUCUUCAUCUUGGUAUGAUGUAUGUAUAGGGAUUGUUUGAUUGUACUGAAAUGACGGAUCGUGCAAACUGGAUGGUUUUUGGCGGCUCUCAGUACAAGGCUUCAGCGUUACUGCUUCGAGGCCUCUUAAUCUUCUCAAUGUUCUUUAGGAUCAUAUCGUGUAGCGCCACCUGCAGAUGAAAACGAGGCAUAAGCUUGUGCAAGUUGCAUUAAAACCCAGAGAUUGUCGCUCCCGAAACACGUACGUAUUGAUUUCGGAGUUCCGAUACAAUUAUCUUCAGACUGAUGUAUUCCUUUUCGUCAAUCUCUGUUACUGUGCGCCGAUAGUCCUCCUAACAGACAACAUUAUUAAUUUUUUUUUUUUUUUGCUUAUUUCUUAGUCUUGUAUGACAAAAACGUAAAAAAGUUAUGGGCUCACCACAUGAGGGUAUUUUGCUAUUUUUGAAACCAGCUUUGCUCGAGUGAUGUAAUAUCUGCAACAAGAUGAACAUACAACUGCAUUAACCAGUUUUAACCUGUAUAUCAAGAGUAAUCUCAUGUUGAACACUGAUCGGGCUGACCUUGAUAUCUGGUCCAGGUAAGAGGCUGCCUCGCCUUCCACUGUCCUGAGCUCAGCCACUGUCUCCUCCUGGAUGGACACUCCAAAGUUGUUGCCAUCUUCUAUCCUGGGAAUCAGCAGCUGCACCCACAUUUUUACCUGAGCGGCAAGAAAACACGAAACUUACAGACUGAUUCUCAAAAAUGUCCCACAAGUGCUUCCAGUCAAACGACGCUCACCGUGUUGCAUUUCUCUAUAAGCGUCCGGAUCUCCGGUUUGACCUUUUCGAUGAGUUCCACCAGGUUGUUGUUACUCUGCAUCAUCCCACCAGGCAUGACGAAGACUUUUGUGCCGGUCACUGAGCGGGAAAAGGAAUUAAUAUGAGGGGCCCUAGUCUUCCCCUGAGAGAAAAAAGCCAAUGACAGGCGGCAGCUCACCCUUAGCCUCUGUAGCUCCAUCCUCCAGCUUUCUCUUUUUGGCAUUUUGCUGCAAAAAAAAAAAAAAAAACAACACGCAUACACAAAACAAGUCAGCUACAAGGUCGAUAAUUGCAACAUUGCCAUGUAAAAUACUUACCGAAUCGAGUCCAUCAUGAAGAUUGGAGAGAAGGAUUGGGUCGGGCACUGUUAGGUUGAUGUCCGAGUGGAUCUCCUUCAACUCUACGAUGUUUAUGAUUGGCUCCUGCACGCAAUAAAACAAAAGAUCUAAUAAGGUGUCACCUUUUGACGGAUGUCAUUUGCUAACAUUGAGGCCCACUGACCUUAAGAAACUGAUCAAGUUCCAGUAACUUCUUUGGGAAAAAAUUAGCAACUAGAUCCUCUGCCUAAAAAAGAAGAACAAAUUACAGAUUCUUGUGGUGGAUAGCAACACAGUGUUAAUCUUGCAGUGGUUAAAACUUACUUCUGCAGUGAUACGUUCUCUAAAUGCAUCAACCUGAAUACAUGGAGAGGGAAAGAAGUCAUUUUUACUGCACAGGAGAAUUGUUCACACGAUUCAUAUCCUUAUGUGUGUGCUAUGAUGUUGGAAGCUACAAGCUAAGAUGUUUUUCCCCCGUUUUGUUGAAGGCCAAGGACUUUUAAGAUGAAAGAGAUGUCACUGAAGCAAAAAAAAAUGUUCAUGUUAUAGUCAAAUCUUUUAACAAAAAGUUUGAUUUUUCAAUAUUUUGGUCCAAAAUUGCUUGAUUUCCCUCAAGUUGCAUAUGUUUAAAUGGCGAUUACUAAACGUAAAAUUGAAUUCUGGAGGAUUUUCCAUUAAUAUUUUUCAGGUAAAAUUAUUGUUGACCUACAUAUGAACUACAUUAAAUUCAAAUCCCAUUCAUAUGUUCCACUGCCUUUUCUGACAUUACAAUUGUCAUAACACCAAAAAAAAAAAAAAAAAAAAAAAGGCCAAUGUUUUAUGUUUUUUGCAUUUUUUCCCAGGGCAUUUAUACAUUAGAAUUAACUUAAAAUGAGCAGAAAUUAACAAGGAUGUCACAUUCAAUAUACAUUAUUAUUUAGAGGACAGUCUGCCCCAUCCAGCUAACUCGGUAGCUCCAUGCUAAAGAGGCUUUCACGUACAUGGCCCGAAUUGUUAAUUACAUUAACACCUCAGCAACUGGCGUCAAAUUCAUCGAUAAAACUUAUCAAGUGCCGUGUAAGUGAAAUAUAGAGAGUUCAUUAGAGCAUUUGACAACUGCGUUGGAGGAAGCGGGAAACAAGCCGGUGUUAGCACGGCCCGGUCAUUCCCAUCGUGCUACACAAAUGAAGGCUCACGCGCUUGAUCAAACUUGAUUCAUGCUCGCCGCAGCCGGGCUCGUACCUUGGUUUUAAUUUCAUUAUCCACUUUGAGCAGUGACGACAUCUUACGCUGUCGGAUAGGCGAAGAGCGAAUGUCCCAACAGCAUUAAAAUGGACUUGGAGGGGGUGAAACGUGUGGCUUUACAGCUUGCCAGCCACACUUUGGCGAUCGGGUUGAUGACGACAUCAGCGCGCGACCGUACCAGUGAUGGGCGGGGACGACGGAUGCGCGGAAGUACGCAUGUGCAGAACACGUCACCGUAUUUUUCUCGACGCAGCUGACGAUGUAAACAAGAGAAGACAGUCGAGCGCAACAGGGAAAUCAAACGCACCGGCGACACCUCGGGUUUAUCGGCUGUUUUUUGUCGGGAGUGGGCUCACGAUCGGCCCGAAAUGGGGCUCCCGGUUACCAUCAAAGUCAAUUUUCGAGGGAAUGUUAAGAGAUUCCUGACGGGUGACCUGGACAAGCUGGAGUGGAGCUCGGUGGAAGCCUGGAUUAAAGCGUCGUUUGGAAUUAACCACUUUCAAGCGAAGUACUUUGAUGAGGACAGCGAAGAGAUUUGCAUCAACAGCCAAGAGGAGUAUGAGGAAGCAAUCAAGAGUGCUGAGAAGCAGGGCAACCACCUCAACAUGAAUGUGUACAAGCUGAAGGGACAAGCCUGUGGGGGGCCUCUCAAAACUGAAGUUAAGGAGCUCAAGGGCGACCUAAGACCAGCUCCCCCUUAUCCUUCACGGGUCAAGACGGUGGACAAAGGCACACAGGUCACCCCGGAGCGAGAAUCUGUGGUCGCCAAGGACAACAAGGGGGCCAAAGCAGAAGAUGAGCCUCCUCCCAUGUGGUUCAGAUCCUACAUGGAGAAGUUUAAAGAUGAGGUGGUGAAGGAGGUCGUGGAGCGUAUGUGCAGUGACUUCUCCGGCCAGUGUUGUACCCACAAGUCUCCUGCAGCACCUCCGCCCGAGGCCAGCGGGAACAGUUGCGCUCCUGUCAUGGGACCGAGGCCCGGACCCCCCGCCAACACUAUUGGGCCCAAGCCGGGACCGUCCACCUCCAGUGGUUCUCUUGGUUACACACCAAAUUGCAGCAGCUGCAAUAAACUCACCUCUGAAGGAGCCUACAAGUGCAGCGUUUGCCCAUCCUGCAUUCUAUGUGAGAUGUGCCGGCACAGCCACGACCCCAGCCACAACCUCGUGAGAACCAAGACGCCCCUGUCUAUCCCCGAGCAUGGCAUGUCGGGAGAAUUGAGGGGUCCCGGGGCCUCGCACUCGUCCUUGCUGCCCACUUUGGCCGCCUUGUUUCUGGAUGAAAAUCUGCCGGACGGCACUCGUCUGGAGCCUGGUACCAAGUUCAUCAAAUACUGGAAGAUGAAGAACUCGGGGACUAUCGGCUGGACCCCUGAGACUAAGCUGGUGUUCAUGUGGGGCAACCUCGGCCUGGCGUCAGAAGAAAGGAGGUCAGUCCCUGUGCCCCUGCUGCUGCCGGGCCAAGUUGGCGUAGUCAGCGUAACCUUUGUGGCGCCCGUGAUGGAGGGCACAUACACCUCACAUUGGCGGCUGGCGCACCGCGGCCAUCAGUUCGGACCACGCGUGUGGUGCAGCAUUGUGGUGGAGCCGGGCAAUGGCAUCAAUGCACUUAAGCACCACAGGAAACGCUUGAGGGAGCAGCUGAAGCCGGGGUCAAAGGAUGAGAUCCUGUCCAAAGAGUGCUUGGAGGUGGACAUCAGGCACAAUGGCUUUUUCCUGCCUUACGUAGACCUGCUGACAGCACAGGAUCUUCUGUCCUUUGAGUUGAUGGAUAUCAACAUUGUGCAGGAGUUGGAGAAGGUUCCGAACAACACUCCCGUGGAUUUGACACCUUGCAUCUCUCCUUUGCCCCAUGAUGCAGCAGUGCCAGAGAAGGCGCUCACUGCGCAGAUCAAAGACGACUCGCAGGUCACAGGCGUCCGCAAACUUUUUGGAGGGAAAACCAAGCACCCGAGAGAGCACCCGUGGGAGGCGGCUGUCCUGGGCGAGGAACAUGAGGAGGAGAUCAGCGGUGCUCAGUUCCUGUGCGAGACGGUCAUCCGCUCACUUACCCUGGAGGAAGCCCCUGACCACAGGCCUGUGCGUAGGAACCAGGAGCAUAGCGCCCGCCAGGCGCAAGUCGUUUCACGAGGUCCCAAAAUGGGUCCAGAGGGAGAGCCGCCGUCCGAGAAGGGCGAGCGAGAAGACAAUGAGAUUUGCGGACCAACGACAAUGCCAGAAAUCAUUGGUGGCGUCCUGCCAGUUGGUCAGCAUCAGGAUGACGAGGAUGAUGAGGAUGAAGAUAUGAAGGAAUGUAAGGAGGAGAAAGCUGAUGACUGGGAUGAGGUGAGCAGUCAGACGUCCUCGUCCUCCUCUUGCGAUGACUUCAUCAUCGUCCUGCCUGACUGCUUCGACAUGAGUCGCCCGCUCGGAGAGUCCAUGUACAGCUCGGCGAUGUCGCAGCCGGACGCUGUCGUCACGGCAACACUGGCCAGCCCGGAGCCGCUGCAAGAGGAGGACUAUGCCUCAGACGCAGGAGGGGUGUCGCCACCACCACCGGGAGAGAGGGAACAUGACGAUGAGAAGCAGACAGAGGAUGACGAUGACCCGGCAGGUGAUGUCGUGACCUCAGACGCCCUCACCAUCCACAGCAGUGUGAACCAGAUGCUGUGUGCCUCGCAAACACUGGACGCCGCCACCCUCACACCGGAAGUGGUUCCCCCGCCGCCGGCCAUCUACUCGCCCAGGUCUGAGGCUUUAUACCUGGCUGAGGACGCGUGUCACGCAGCAGAAGAGACGCACACGCCGAGGGUCCAUGCCAAUGUUUCCUCGGGUCUGUCCAGAUCCGCGGGGUCAGCGUCCAGUGCCUUUGAGACGUACAACCCUAGACCUAGCAAUGCACUGCAACCCAGGGUUCAAGGGGGCCUCACCGAGGGCCUGGUCAAGGGGGCCCUCUCUGUGGCGGCGUCUGCUUACAAGGCUCUGUUUACUGGGCCUAACUGUCCCAUACAGCGCGGGGUGGACCCGGCAGCCCGCCAGGAUCCGUCCCUCAUGGCCAUGCUGCUGGAGAUGGGUUUCCGAGACCGGCAUCUCAACCAGCGUUUGCUGCGCAAGCACAGCUACAACCUGCUGCACACCGUCAACGAGCUGGUGCAGAUGGCUGAGGACGCGCCGCCAGGACGCGCUGUCCAGGCUCCCCACUGAUGGGAAGGCAUGCCAUGAUGUCUUUUUUUUUUUUUCGUUCUUCUUUGUUUCCUCUUCAAUGUCAAGACAUAUUUAAAGGGUGAGCAAGGUAUUGUUGUCUUCAUUUGGACCAAGCCUGGUUGUAAAGAAGUACAUUUAGAUGCUUGAUUGCUGGUAAUCUUUAUAUGUGGAAAGAAAAUCGAAAAGUUUUAGUGUUUUUAUAUGAACAUUUUUUGAUGGGACUAACGUCUCUUUUCCACUGCAUGGCAUGUUGACACAAAGUACUAUUUCUAGUACAAGCUCAGACAGGGUUCCAAGCAUCAUUGUGUUAGAGUAAUCCUAUGUGCAAUGGGAGAAAAUGGCAAAAAUCAAACACUUUGGAUGCUAAUUGGUAAAUACAGGAGAAAGCUGCUUUCUUACAUUGUUGUAAUAACAAAGUUUGCCAAGCUGGGCUUGUAUGGCACAGUGGAAAAGCGACGUGAGUACAAACAGCUGAAUGUGGUAGAAAAGUGCAAAUAGCGACGCGACCCUUUUUCCGUUAGCAUUAGUUCACUCUGCCUAAACAAUGCAAUCUUUUUUGUAUCCGAGUACUGUUCUUUCUCUUUUAGACGUUGACGUGUGGAAUGUAUACAAAGAAUAUAUAUCUAAAUAAAUAUAUCACCGCGGGAGUUUCGAGUGGUGUUCCGGUGGUCCGCUUGACGCCUUCUUCCCGCUCUUUUCACCAAAACCUAGCAAAGCUCGUAUUAGCAACUUGAGAUGUCUCCGCAAACAACACAUUCCUCAAUCUCCAGUGUGAUACCAACAACCUUUUAUGACUAUUAUUGUUAUUGCCUUUUUGUCCAUCAUCAUACUUGGAUAAUAGAGUUGCUUGUUUUGCGGUGCGUGUUUUGAAGCAGAUUCCUAUUUUAUCAGCGUGAGUGGUUUUGAGAUUUCUGUAGUCGUGUUGUCUCUGUCGUGCUGAAUGUUAUACAGUAGAAAAGAUCCGCUUGUCACAUUUCCUUCAGCAAACACUUUCACAACCCUUCUGCUGUAGUUCCCAAAAUAAACUAUUUGCACAUGG